GCAAAUCUAACACCAUUUUCGCUUAGGGUUUAGUUGAGUGGUGAAGCCGAACAAGCAGGCAUCUCCGUCUCUCCCUCUCCGGAAGGAAGAAAGGAAAAUGGCGACCAAAAACUUAAUUCGAGCAGGAGCAUCCCUAAUGAACAGAUUGAUGAUAUCGAAGAACCCAAUUUUCCAUCAAAACGCAAUCUCCACUCACCAAACUUUAACUCCUCACCUUUUCCCUUCUUCUGUCUCCAACAUCGAGCAAACCGACUUCCUCUCAAUCACUAAACUUGCAGUUACCAAUCAAGACUUCUUGCAUCCUUCCGGUCUCCCCUCUCUCGAAUUCUUCUUGCCCGACGGAGAUUCAUCUACUGAGCCUAUGCUCUUGUUUCCUAAGAGGACAUACCAGCCUAGUGUCAUCAGGCGCAAGAGAAAACACGGGUUCUUUGCACGCAAGGCAACCAAGGGUGGUCGGAGAGUAAUUGCUCGGAGAAUAGCAAAAGGCCGGUCAAGAGUUACUGCUUAGCUUCUCUAUCUAUGCAUUGUGAUGUGAUGGGAGACAGGUUUGCCAGCAAACUUUGUUUCUUUUUAUACCAUGCAGUUUGUGGCCUGCCCAUAUGCUUUGUAGGAAAGUCUCAAUGCAUUUUAGAAUCCGUACUCUUCCAUAUAAUUUUUUCCAUGAGAUUCAUGAGCUGAAUUAUACGCAAGAUGUAUUUUGAAGUGAUCUCCAGGAAAAGUAAUUGCGUUCUUUUUCGUUAUGUUUUGUACCCAAUGGCCUGCAAUAAUGUUGUCAAGAAGAAAUAGUGGUUCUAUGUUUCAGUUGCGUUAAUGAAAUUCAGUUACUUGAUUGAUA